AUGCUUCCCCUAUAUAUUCUAUGGACGGUAUUAGCUGCCACUGUCACGGCUACGCCUGUUCAAUCAACUGGCUAUUGGGCUCUAAAUACGAGGAAAGUGAGAAAUUCAGUGCACCAUAAAGGUUUGGCCAAAAGAGAUGCAUCACUAUCACUGUCUCUAGUCGACGAGGACACGUUCUAUAUGGCAGAUAUCGAAAUAGGUUCAGGUAACUCAAAGGUCGGUGUGUUAGUAGACACUGGGUCCUCAGAUUUAUGGGUGGUUGCAUCCAAUAACACAUAUUGUAAACCAAAUACUGCAGGUUCUCUUUCAAAAGGUCGCCAAUUGCUCCAUAUCAAAGACCAAUUUGUUCAUAAGAUACAGCACAAGUCGACAAAUCAGAUCGACUGUUCAGAGUAUGGAACUUUCGACCCCUCAAAAUCAAGUUCCUUUACCUCGAAUUUCACUGAUUUUAGUAUCACUUAUGAUGAUGAUACUUUUGCACGGGGGACCUGGGGCCAAGACACUGUCAACAUUGGGUCAAUUGAAAUCAGGAAUAUGAACUUAGCUGUCUGUGAUGACACUGAUAACGAGCAGGGCGUUUUGGGGAUUGGUCUUGCCGGUCUUGAGGUUACAGCGGCGGGAAGCUCAUCAAACUAUGAAUACGAGAAUCUUCCCCUGAAGUUAGUCAACGAUGGCAUUAUUAACAGAGCUGCAUAUUCAGUUUAUCUUGACGACUCUUCAAACUCAGAGAUACUGUUCGGUGCUAUAGACCAUUCGAAGUACCAAGGUGAUUUGGUCAAACUACCGAUAGUUAACGCGUUAUACCAAAGUGGUGUUGGCAAGCCUGUCCAACUAGCUGUCACACUCAAUGAGUUAUCUUACAUGAAAAACGAGGAGAAGGCCUCCAUUGGAAGUGGAGCAGCAGCUGCACUGUUAGAUACUGGUACAACUCUAUCAUAUUUUCCUGAUAGUGUUGUCAAUUCGUUGGUUCAGUUGUUUGGAAUGAAAUACUCAACAUCGUUGUCCUACUACAUCACGGAGUGUUCAAUCGGUAAUGAUGCAAGUUUAAAUUUCAAUUUUCAAGGGUUGCAGUUGGAUGUUCCUUUGUCGUCAUUCCUUAUUAAUUUAUAUACCCAAGACAACCAAGUUUCUGAUAAAUGUGCAUUUGGUAUUUUAUCUUCAAGUAAUGAAAAUUACAUGACCUUAGGCCAAUCUUUUUUAAGUCAUGUCUACAUGGUUGCUGAUUUACAAGGUCUUGAAAUCGCAUUGGCGAAGGGGAACAACGGCAACAGUAAAAACUUGGAUCUUAUUAUCAACGAAAUUCCAAGUGCCAAGCAACCAGCAAAUCAAAGCACAUACGGUUCAAAGUUUAGCACCUUCAAUGUUAUUGCAACCCCUUCAAUCUCAACGGUUUCAUCUAGUUCCACUUUGUCGUCUGAUUCGGCUACAUCAUCUUCGAGCCUUUCCUCUACUGCUAGUUAUACUGUCAGCUCUUCCUCUACCACCAGUCUAUCAUCGACAACUAGUUCUUCCUCUAAUACCAGUUUAUCAUCGACAACUAGUUCUUCCUCUAAUACCAGUUUAUCAUCGACAACUAGUUCUUCCUCUACUGCGAGCUCUUCCUCUACUGCGAGCUCUUCCUCUACUACCAGCUCUUCCUCUACUAUCAGCUCUUCCUCUACUACCAGCUCCACAAUUGCCAAAACCUCUUCUGCCACUUCCUCUACAGCAGACACCAGCUAUUCUGCAUCGACAACUUCCAGUGAAUCCAAUCCUUCUUCCAGUUUCCCAGCUACAUCUGUUCACAGAACAUCCGUUCAUUCGACAAAUAGAACGUCUUCACAAACAGUCAACCAUUCAAGCCCGUCUCAAACGUCCUUGUCCACCUCUUAUUCAUCCACCUUAUCUGCCCCACCUUCUUCGUCUGCUACUGAAAGCUCUACCGGUUCCCCAAGCCCUUCUGUGUCCAGCAUCUCCUCGACUUCGCAUAACGGUGGCUCCAAACUGACUGCGCAUUCUCUUGGUGGCUUGGCUUUACUUAUCUGUGCAUUAAUGUAA